GCGGGGGUGGACUCGUCCUGCGGUGAAAAGAAGAGAGAGAUCCCUCGCGUGGAAUUCCGACCGUGGAGGCCGACGCGAAUCAGUCCGCGACCCGCCGAGAAUUUCACGUCGAGGGUCGCGACGCGUGUUGUACGCUGCGGGGCGAGUUUUGGAAACGUCGCGCUUGGUGUUCGGAAGCUCCACCACCAUCCGGUCGCAGUCACCCUCCCUUCGGCGGGCAGCACGGUGAGACUCUCGUCGAGCGACAGUUUCGGCUUACGUAACAGCUGGGGACUUUCACUCGAUCGCACCGAGAGAACGUUUGCGGAGAGCCUCGUGACGCGGAGAAUCGAUAGAAUAGGAAGUGCGCGAUCGGUGUGCCCGCGAUGAGCAACAAGCGCAGCUAGGCGAGGCGACCGAUCGAAGCCAUCGAGCGAGCGCAAGCUGGCAGGAUGCCAAGGCCGGUGCCGGUGGAGAACCUGGUGAUACCGCCGCAGGACGGGCGGAUCUGCGGCACGAUCUGCAUCUGCCAGAUGACGGCGGUGCUGUCAUCGGUGGCGCUGGUCUACCUGACGGUAGCGAUCUACAUGCCGAGCACCCGGGCCUUCAAGUCGGGCAUCAGCGAGGUGCCGGUGAUGUGCACGACCAUCCGCGCGGUGAACGCCGACAAUUGCGAGUGGGGCAGCUGCGGCGAGUGGUGCCUGUCGAAGACCUCCGGGCCCUGCGUGCAGAUCCACGUGAACCUACGGAGAAACGGCUCGACGAUCCUGCUGGCGAACUGCACAAACACGACGAACAAGACGUGCUACGGCAUCGACCAGGAGAACGCGAAGAAGUCGAAGUGCAUAGCGGACGAGUGCCGCAACCUGACCGGUACCUUCAACUGCUCCGCUGGCAUCUGCAUCAACAUCACCGACGCGUUCGAGUGCAUGUUCCACGACACGGAUCCGCCGCUCAAGUGCUCCGGCAGGCGCGGCAAGAUCACCUGCAUCGACAUCGACGGGCUGUUCAACUGCAACCGCGGCACUUGCGAGCGCAUCCGAACGCCCUACAACUGCGACCGCAGGUGCGUCGACAUCCCGACCAGGAACAAGAACAUGAUCCUGCUGAGCGGCGACAAGGUCUACCUCAGCCAGUGCGAGCGGGCGAUAGACGUGGUGAGCAACAAGGAGAUCUGGCACGAGGAUCGCGGCGACAUCAUGAUGGCCUCCUGCUACGGCAUCUUCAACUCCACCCUGGGCGUGGAGGCGGUGGACUGUAUCAACGGCUCCGUCCUCGAGAAGGACCUGCUGACCGACCUGACGAAUUUCACCUAUCUCUCCUACCUGAAUAUAUUCGCCACGAAGCCGCUGGACGCCGACAGUUUGGUCGCGCCGCCGGAGCAGAGUCUGAUAAUAGCGAACGAGAGCCGGCUGUUGAUCAAUCUCGAGGGAUGCGUCAACACCCUGCGGGACGAGUGCAAGGAGUUCCUUCACGAAUACGGCAAGGACGGGUCCGAUCACAACGCGCGCGCCAGGUUUCCGUGUUUCUACGCCGAGAACAACAAGGACGUCGUCGUGUCACGCUUCGACCUCGAAACCACGUACAAGGAGUUCCUGAUCGCGCUGCUGCUGCCGAGCAUCUUGUUCGUCGUCAGCUGUCUCACUCUGAUCUUCUGUCAGAGGACCGUCGUCGUCGGGGACGACGCUAAAAUGAGGUUCAAGGGCAAGCCCGGUACGCUGGUCUCGAUAGAGAAGAGCGCGUCGGGCAACUUAGGGGAUGCUGGCGGAGGAGACUCCGUUAUGGCGCUCUGAGAUCCGUCACGCAUUCCCCUCCUGGAGGAGAGUCCGGCUCGUCAGUCGAUAUUCUCCCUGCGCGGGCAUUACUAAGGUGCGAGGAGGAGGGGAACG